UGAGUAUUGACUAUAUAGUAUUGAGUAUUGAGUAUUUGAGUAGUGAUAGUAAAUAAUAAUUUAGGUAUAUAUUUUAUGAAUAUUUAAUAUUUUAAUAUCACAUUUAGCAUUGUUAAGUAUUGACGAACCGCAUUUUCGGCGCACCCGUUCCUAUUACUCCGACGGGACGUUGAAAAGGUUCACACAAUAUUUUUUAAUUUUAUUGUUUUCGUGUACUUUUCGUCUUUCAUACGGGUUUCAACAUCGCCUUUUUAGUCCGCUUCAGUCACCAUUCGAUCGUUCGAAAUGUUUUAUCGUUCCAUCUGAACAAUUAAUUGAAUCGUCGUUAAUAGAUACCACCAACAAUAAGCGUCUUUACCUUCUAAAUUGUGAAUAGAAUAAUGGGACCUAAACCUGAGGAUAUUCUAAGUGGAUUCCAAGUGAAUUGGAUGAAUUUAAGAGACGCUGAUACUGGAAUAAUAUUAUGGCAAGGCACUGAGGAUUUAUCAUUACCUGACAAAGAACAUGAAGCUAAAGUACCGAAAAAAAUAUUGAAGUGUAGAGCAGUAUCUAGGGAGAUAAAUUUUUCAUCUGUAGAACCUAUGGAAAAAUUGAGGUUACAACAAAAAGUGCUGUUCAAGGGUCGUUGUCUUGAGGAAUGGUAUUUUGAAUUUGGAUUUGUUAUUCCCAACUCAACCAACACCUGGCAGUCACUAAUUGAAGCAGCACCAGAAUCACAAAUGAUGCCUGCCAAUGUUCUUAAUGGUAACAUUGUAAUAGAAACAAAUUUCUAUGAUGAUGACUUACUAAUAUCAUCGUCAAAAGUCCGGCUGUACUAUGUUUAAUCACUGAGACGUUCAACUUUAUGCAUUAUGCACUACUCAAAUUUAGAUAGACAACUUUUGCUUGGUACACAUAACCAAGGUCCAAGAACACGGAGAACAAGUCCCCACUGCUGUGAUUGUUUAGUAUUCUACUUUGAUUACUUUUAUAUGUGAUUAAAUGUUUUUCUUGAGUGUAAAAAGUGUUAAACUUAUUAAUAUGUCUUAACUAUUUUAAAUGUAAAACCAUA